CUCAUAAGAGUGUCAAAGAAAAGGAUAUGAUUGUUUUAACAGGGUUAUACUUGUAAUGAACGGGGGAAGCAGGGCAAGCCAAGUGGUAGAUCUGAUCGACCUCGAGCAAAAUGGGUUCGACAACAUCAUGGCGAAUGAGCUCGAAUCUGGGAUUCCCAAAAUGGUGCAUCACGUUCUCCUUCCUCCCCGUGAAGAAAUUGUCAAUGACGAUGACAUCAUCGCCUCUCUUCAUCAGCUUAUCGACCAAAUGGCUCCCGACGAACCCUGCCCCUCCGGUGACCACAAUGCGCAUCCUCCUCCUCCCAAUCCCCACCGGCACCCGCCCGAUCCCGGCGCCGUUCCGGCCACCCCUGGAAUGGGUGUAAGAAGAAACGGCUUCCUUGUCGGAGACACGAAAAGGCCGCGAUCUCGGGACCUGAGGAUAGGAGCUGAGAUGCGAAAGGCUGGGCUGGAUGACGAAGAAAGUGGAGCCAAUAAGAAUGCCCACAAGGAUGAACAGGAGCCUCUGUUCUCUGAGGAGAUAGUUGAUGGAUCUGGACAGAGAUCUAGGGUGUUUCAGGGUUUUGGGGGAGUACGGAGGCGUGCUCUGCGCGGUUUCCUCAUCUCUUCUGUGAUUCACGCUCCCCUGCUUGUGCAAUUUCAUGGCGAUUCCCUCCCUUUCCUCCUAUGUCUUUUUUCUUAACUUUCGAUAUCUGAUUUCUUCAGGCGGAAAUGGAGAUUCAAAUUGAUCUCAAUCCGAUAUGCAAACCGACUGUGUAUUUUUAU